GGAGGAGGUGUGGGUCUUUUAACGCUGCCCUCAUCCCAAGUCCUCCUCUCUUCACCUCCUCUCCUGCUGGCGGCCGGUCGCCUCAGCGCUGAGACAAAGAGACGGACAGCUCGACCCGCAGCUGUCUGCGGGCUCCGCGGGGACACGAACGACUUCUGCACGCGCGGACCGACAGCUCAGCCCCGCGAAAAUGAAACUGGAUGUGCUUCUGCCUGUGCUGCCCUGUGCCAUCUGUCUGCUCGUCCUGCCGUCGUCCUCCACCCUGCACCACGAGUCAGCUUGCCUCUCCUCAGAUGAUUCGAAGCUUCUCCAGGUGACCAUCCCCACCAAACCGCCUGUGUUUGCUGUGCUGGGCGGCUCUCUGACGUUACCCUGCCUGGUGUCCCUGGCUCACCCGCCACCGUCGCCCUCCACCAACGGCCGCCACGCUGUGCUGUCCCUUCCCCGGGUCAAAUGGAGCGUCCUGACUUACGGCCGAGAGACGGAAAUCCUGGUGGCCCGCGGCGACAGGGUGCGAGUCAGUGAGGCCUACAAAGACCGAGCGUCACUGCUCAACUACGCCCACUCCCCCGCCGACCUCACCCUGCGGCUGGAGGGCCUGAGGCAGAACGACACUGGCUUCUACCGCUGCGGGGUGCAGCAGGGCCUGGAGGACGCUGACGACGUGGCUCAGGUCAAGGUCAAAGGCGUGGUGUUCCAUUACCGUGAUGCAAACAGUCGCUACGCCUUCACCUUUGAACGGGCCAGAGAGGCCUGCGAGGAGAUCGGGGCUGAAAUUGCCACUCCAGAGCAGCUCCUGGCCGCCUACCAGAGCGGAUACGAGCAGUGCGAUGCCGGCUGGCUCUCAGACCGCUCGGUGAGAUAUCCCAUUCAGAUGCCAAGAGAGGGCUGUUUUGGGGACAUGGAUGGAUUGCCAGGAGUGAGGAACUAUGGCCUGGUAGAGCCUGACGAGCUGUAUGACGCCUACUGCUACGUGGAGAACAUUGAGGGUGAGGUGUUCCAUGGCUUUUCCCCCCAGCGCUUCACCUUCUGGGCGGCCUAUGCGUACUGUCUGAGUCACGGCGCCGAGCUGGCCACCACCGCUCAGCUGUACGCAGCCUGGAACGAUGGACUGAACCACUGCAGUCCGGGGUGGCUGGCAGACGGGAGCGUGCGCUACCCCAUCGUCACCCCUAGAGAGCGCUGUGGAGGCGGUGAACCCGGGGUCAGAACUGUCUAUCGUUAUGGCAACCAGACGGGCUUCCCCGCGAUCCACACUCGACAUGACGUCUACUGCUUCAGAAGCAAUAAUGGUCCUUACACCGAAUCCCCUCAGGAUUUUCUUGCCACUGAGCCAGAGGACAUUGGCCAGGACAUUGUUUUCUUAACUAAUUCCACAGGGGAGGAGUUCGGCCUGAGUGAAGUGACGGCAAAGGAAGGAGAAGAGGUCCAACGUGCCCAGACGGCCAAUCCUGUAAAACAAGGCCCCAAUCGGGACGCUCAGUCCCCCACAAUGGGUUAUGACAAGGAAGCGCUGCUGCCGGUAGACCUUCAUCAGUCUGUCUCUCCUCCAUCUGAGCAUCAAGGGUCCACAGAGGACAUCUUGGACCUAAUAGAGAAGGCCACAUACCCAGAGUCGUAUCAACCAGCACCUGAAGAACGCCCGCACACCCAUCAUGAAGAGACUCACGUACUUCCAUCAACUUCUCCUCGCGCUGAAGAAGUGCAAACUGUUGGCGAAAACAACAGUUUACCCACAACUGAUGCAACAGUUCCGGAGAGUGGAGACACCUCAGAGCGGCACAUUUCUGUGACUGAAGGCCUGGAUAGACCAGGUCCUAAUGCAACAUCUGGAGCUGAUGCAAAUGAGCUCCUCGACAGCUCUCCAGAGGUUCCCCAGGAAGGCGACCUUCCUGUUUUACAAGAGGACCACACUCCAGAUGUCCCCUUGGUGUACACAUCUGAAAGAGCUGAGCUCGUCUACUCGAGCACUUACGAUGUUUCAGGACAGUCGGAAGAGGCCAGCGCAGGUACUGCUGAGGAGAUAUCAGCACUGACUACAACAGCUCACACUGAAGAAACAGGUGUUCACUCCACCACCCUGCUGCCAUCUUUUGACAACAGUACGCCUGAGAACCAUCGGACUGAAGAGGAAUCUGGAGAGGAUGAGGCAAAUCCUCUUCUAGAUGAGGAAACACAAAACUCAGUGACUCAAAGUUUGGUUGUUGGGAACAGCUCACAACUGGUACCUACACCUGAUUCAGCUUUUGAUCCUACUCGGGAGCACCUUGGUGUAGCUGUAGAGUCGUCCACCCGAGUCGAUCACGGUGAUAAGGAAUCCAGCAGCGGCUCAGAGGAGGCAGAACCAGAUGAUCCAGCUGGACAGAGUGGACACAUCCAUCCUGCAGACGUCGUCACAGUCACAGAUGAUUCAGGCUCCGGCGGAGACGUUCCUGUCCCGGACAAUCAUCCGGUCACACUGUUGACAUCCCCCCCGGAGUCUGUAACGCUGACCCCGCCCUACGUGGAGGCUGAAGCCAGCUCCCCAGAGAUUAUAACCUUCAUACCUGAAAGCAAUUCUUCAUCUGGGGCCGAACCCCUGGAGGACAUCCAGGACAAACUUGAGCACGAGGGCUUAGGAGAAGUAUUCCUCAGCACAACGCACAGUGAACACGAUUCCAAAGAGGCCUCAGGGGAAUCGUCCGGAGAAAGUCCAGAGGUGAAGCCAGGACCAACUCUUUCCACAGACCACACCUCUGAGAAGACCGACGGUGAGGCUGGCACUGAUGCACCUCCACCUCCAUCAGGUGUCAAAAUCACACUGAUCCCUCAUCUGACCCACACACCCGGCUGGGAACCAGAGCCUUCCUCCUCCGCCCCACAGGAGUCCCGCUCUGAUCGGGAAUACAGCGCCGAGCCUCCCGUCACCGAGGAGUCUGCUGACGCCUCUAAGGAGCAAGACGUCGUGGCUCAGAUCUCCACCAGCAGCAUCAGUGGCCCCGGAUCAGAUGGAGGUGAGAGGCAGAGCAGCACAGAUGAGCCUUCAGGUAACGUAUGCACAUGGCGUCCAGAUGAGGGGGAGCCCACCAGUCCGACGCUCACGACCUCCAGCAGCCAUGUGACAGUCGCUGCUCCCACCGUGAACCAGGAGUAUUUUAAAAAAGAAGGCGAGGAGCAGACUGUCAUGGCGGCCAGAGUGUCUGCUGCAGCACGAGGAGGCAUUUCAGACGCCUGCCUGGACAACCCUUGUCUGAAUGGAGGCACUUGUGUGGACGGUGAACCAACGCGGUGCUUUUGCUUGCCUGGUUAUGCAGGAGACUUGUGCCAGACAGACCUGGAGGCGUGUGAGCCUGGCUGGGAGAAGUUUCAGGGCUUCUGUUACCGUCACUUUUCCAAGAGGCAGAGCUGGGAGGCGGCUGAGCAGCACUGUCGAAUGUGUGGCGGGCAUCUCCUUUCUGUCAUGACCCCCGAGGAGCAGGACUACAUUAACGACAAAUACAGAGAGUAUCAGUGGAUCGGACUGAACGACAGGACCAUCGAGGGAGACUUCCGCUGGUCAGACGGGAACCCGCUGCUCUAUGAGAACUGGUACAGAGGCCAGCCUGACAGCUACUUCCUGUCCGGUGAGGACUGCGCUGUGAUGGUGUGGCACGACGGCGGCCACUGGAGCGACGUGCCUUGCAACUACCACCUGUCCUACACCUGCAAGAAGGGCGUCUCGUCCUGUGGCGAGCCGCCUAAGGUUCCCAACGCUAACGUGUUUGGGAAGAAGCGUCAGCGCUACGAGACCAACACCAAGCCCCUUCGAUGGAAGAGGACUCGGUUACCUCACUUCCGUACCGGCAUGAGGCGGUCAUGGAGGUCGUGGAGGUCGUGGAGGUUGUGGGCGCAGCCACAGAGAAAGCAGCUCCUCUCUUCUGGGACAUCAAGUGGAACAUCUAAAACCAGCCUGCCUUUUUUGGAAACAAUUUUCCCCUCCUCUUUCCCCACUUUUGUCUUCUGCGUUAGGUUAAACUUUAAAAUCGAUCACAUCUUGCAGUCAUGUCUUGUGCUUCUUGAUUGCCUCCCAAAAUAACUUCCCCAUGAGAUAAGAGAGGAUCCUCCACAUUGUUCACAACAGCAAGCAGCUGAUUCUGAUCAGCAAACAGCAAAUCAAAUGCAGCCUAAUGUGUAAACAAAGUACCAGGUAGGUGACAGGUGUGUCGCAGGGAGGCUUACAGAAACACGUGUGUGUGAAGAGCUGCCCAGCGUGACACACUUAGUGUCCCAGCUGUGUGCUGCUGCACUGACGCAGGGCAGAGGUGCACCACAGCUGCACGCGGUGUGGAAAGAGCGUUUAAUCACCACUAACAACAUUACACUCGUCAAAGCCUCGCUUUAAAAACACUGCACAUCACUUACUGCCGUUUCAGCCACGUUUCAGCAUGUGAUCUGUGCCUGGAUCCAGUCAGCAGGGUUACCUGAUCACAAGCAUUCGGCCCUGAGCUCGGAGCUCGGAGGUCUGAUCGUCACAGGUGGACUGUGCUGUGUAGGAGACCCCCCCCUCCCCCCCGUUUUCUUCAUUUAAAUUGUCUUCCAGUCAAAUUUCAUUCAGCUUUAGUAGGCUGAGAUAUGAAGGCAUCACUUUGAAUUGUGUUAUAUUCAAGUUUGAUUGACACCUUCGGGUUGCAGCCAGAAGAGUUGGGCUAAAACUUUUAAAGCCUCAACAUGUUGAUUUAAUUCAUCAGAUCUACUCAGAAUAACAGAAUAUUCUCAGAUAUGUCUUUGUGUUUUGUAGGUGCAGCUUUAAUGUGAGCAGAUAUCAACCACAGAAAAGAGGACACACACUCACACACACACACACACACACACACACACAGAUGGAGACAAACGCUGCACCACCUGACCGUCUCACGCGUGAAAUCUGUUUGUCCUCUGGUGCUUUUUAUUCAGGUGUUGAAGACUUUGUUGUGUGGUUUGCUCAUAUGAACUGUCCUCUGUCACUGUGUACGAGCUUACAGUAUCCCAACCAGCUCCUGAAGCAUCUACAGGACUCUGGACUGGCACUGAAGUGACAGCUGUGGCGACAACAUCUCAUCUGCUGAAUCUUUUCUAGUUUUUGAAGUACUGGUUUACAGUCAAAUAGGUGAUGCUAAUCGUUGCUCUAAUCAACACAUACUAACAAAUGUAGUAAAAAUAAUACUGUAAAAAUUGUUGCGAUGAAGGAGAAAUAAAAUGUAAUUUUUUUUAAAUGUACUCUGAAUUUUUACUGUUGUUAAAGUGAUGUUGCCUGUGGAUUUAACUGUGGAAAAAUUAACACAUUAAAAACGUUUGUAAA